AUGGAACAAUCUAAUUGUUCUUUAAGAGUCAAUCAUCAUGGCAAAGAGUCAAAAACAGAUGCUCAAGUGUUUGAGCAUCUAACCUGUAUGGACUCCAGCAAUCCUUCUUUUGGAGAAAAUGGCUUGUCUGCAGUUAUGCCCAUUACUACCCAUGAAGAAGAUAACUCACUCCCAUCACAGAAUAUAGCAGGACCUCAGACACAGCCUCCUCCUGCAGAGCACUUCCAUCUAGUGGACCAAAAUGGGCAACCUAUGCAAUAUGAACUGCAAUCAUUGGGGGGUUCCAAUACAGAAAUGAUGAUUGUAGCCAGCCCAUCAGAAAAUGGACAUGUACUUCAAGUAAUUCCAUCAACCCAAACAGAAAUGGCACAAGUGAUUAUACCUCAGGAACAGCUUGUGGAUGUAAAUAGUCCCCAGGAUGUCUCUGAGGAGAAACCUGAUGACAGAAACUUACCAACUGUAAGAGUGGAUGCUUUGGUAGACAAUGCCAGUAAUUACAUUCUUCAUCCGCAAGCAUCCUUCACAUUACCAAAAAAUACAGUGACCAGAAUACUUGAAGAACCUCUUCUGGCUCAUCUUCAGCCACUUUCUUCUAACACACCAAUAUGGGCUUGCCGACUAAGGAGCUGUGAGAAAAUUGGAGAUUCAUACCGUGGCUACUGUAUUAGUGAGACUGAACUAGAAAGUGUACUAACAUUUCAUAAGCAACAGACACAGAGUGUUUGGGGGACUCGCCAAUCUCCAAGCCCAGCCAAGCCUGCUACACGCUUGAUGUGGAAAUCCCAGUACGUUCCAUAUGAUGGAAUCCCAUUUGUUAAUGCAGGGAGCAGAGCUGUUGUAAUGGAAUGUCAAUAUGGGCCAAGGAGAAAAGGUUUUCAGUUAAAAAAAAUCAGUGAGCAGGAAAGCAGAUCUUGUCAACUCUACAAAGCUACUUGUCCAGCCCGGAUUUAUAUUAAAAAGGUACAGAAGUUUCCUGAAUAUAGAGUUCCUACAGACCCCAAAAUUGACAGAAAAAUAAUCAGAAUGGAGCAGGAAAAAGCCUUUAACAUGCUAAAGAAGAACUUGGUAGAUGCCGGUGGUGUUCUUAGGUGGUAUGUACAGUUACCUACACAGCAGGCUCAUCAGUAUCAUGAAUUAGAGGCUCCCUGCCUUUCUUCUUCACCUUCUCCUUUUCCUAUGUCUUCUCUUGAAGAAGAGGAAAAUACAGUCAGAGAUGAAAAUUGCGCAUUGCCCUCACGUCUGCAUCCUCAAGUAGCAUGUAAAAUUCGAGAAUUAGUAUCACAGGGAGUAGAACAAGUGUAUGCAGUAAGGAAACAGCUAAGUGUUUUCUAUUUUGUAAGUGCCCUGUGUCAUUUAGUCACUCUGCCAUUUUCUGGAAAUAGUGACAUAGAUAACUACGUCUUAAAGUCCUGGGCAAUCCGUAAUUCGCCAGGAGAAUCAAUUUCUACCAAAGUGGAAGCAAAUCAGACAAGGAGUUCUUUGUCUCCAGAGCCAACCCAGUUGUUUUCUUCACUUUCCUCAUUUCAGCCCAAAAUAUUUGCACAGUUGCAGGGUUUGCAGUUACCAACAAGAUUCACCUCUCCUGAUGAAUCACCAGCUCUGAUAUCAGUAAAUAACAACCUGUCCUCCAGUCCUUCAAGACUUCUGGAUUCAUUAGGAAGUGCUGUAAUGAGUAAUAAUUCUCCAUUACUUGGUCAGAGUCAUAGCCUUCAAACAGACAUAUGCCUAACGCCAAACAAUAAUACUGCCUCUGCCAUGGGUAACUCUCCAGGACCAGAUCAGACUUUAGUUGCAAUGGAUCAGCUGGUGGAAGUUGGAGAUGUUGAGGAUACAGAACACCUAGAAGGAAAUGUUCCUCAGAUUCUAUUGGGAGAUGUGCAGACCAUUCCAAUACGGAUUAUAGACAGCCAUCCCACUCUUAUUGAAGAAACUCCAGACCAUACCAUUUCAGUGAGCCAAGUUAAGCAAGAACCCAAAGAACCAGCAUUGCCUGUGGAAAAAAAAAAAAAUUUGGACUGUAAGAAAUUAUCUGCCAAAUACAUUAUUGAAGAUAGUUAUGGGGAGGAGGGCGUAAGGAGAACAGAAGCAGAAUGGAUAGAUGGUGAACACUGUAAUGGAAUAGGGGACGAGAAGAUGAAUGGACAAUCAGACAGAAAAUUUGUGGAAAGGGAACUGUUCAGACCUGAUGAGGUACCUGAAAGACAUAACUUAUCUUUUUUUCCAACUGUAAAUGAUUUAAAAAAUCAUAUCCAUGAGGUACAGAAAUCCUUGAAAAAUGGAGAUAUGGUAUAUAACUCAGAGAUUAUUCCAGCAACGCUCCAGUGGACUACUGAUAAUGGAAAUAUUCUCAGAGAGACUGUGACAGUUACAUUUGCAGAAGGUUCGUCCAUGUUCUAUUUCAUGAUUUCUCCUGCCUGCCUCUCCCCGCCACCCCAACAAUUUCAUAGUAUUCCCUUGUAUGGACUUGUACUGUUAAGCCAAAGGCCUCCCCUCUCAGGAGGUUUGAACUCCUCAGCUGGUUCGUGGGAACAAGAUGGGAAAUCUCAUCCCGUGAUAUUUACAGCCUCUGACAACUUGCGGGAGGAUUUACUAUCAGAAGUUUCCCACUGGAGAGCAGUAAACUUGAGUCUUCGGGAAGGAAUACUCCGCCCUCAGCCGACUUCCGGAAGUGACGUCUACAGCGUCGCCCCCUACGGCCCACCCUAA